UAUCAACUCGUCACGGAACUCGACUGGGCCGCAGAGAGAUGACCAUCACUUCCCGUCUUCCCGUCUCUCCGUGUCGCAUACAUUCGACACCAUACGCUAUCAACACUGAGAAGCAAAAACCUCGCAGACUCACCUGAACAUCACGGUCAGGUGUUCAUGUGAGAUCAGUCGCAUACCUCACCUGCGACAUCACACCCCUCAACAACACCCGACAUGCUCAACCCCCAUUCAGGCGAGCUCCUGGGAAAAUUCAUCCUCUACGGCAUCGACAAGAUCCCCGACAAGUGGUUCGAUCGAGUGCCCGGCGGCUACUACCGAGCAAAAGACGGCAAAAUCAUUGCGAAGAAAGAUGCACCUGGUGAAGCAAAGCAGCAAAAGCGUCGUGGGCAGACGGAUUACAUCUCCAGCCGACCUUUGAGGGAAGAGGAUGCGCACGACGAUGGGUAUCGCUCGGAUCGGGGCCGGCAUCGCUAUCGUCGUCGGAGCUCGCAUAAUGGCGGCGAUGACGAGGAUGAUUGUGAUGAUGAGGAUGAUUACUAUCAUCGCCGUGAUGACAGGCAUGCUCGGUCGAAGUCCCAGAGAGCAAGGAGAGGUGAAGAAGAUGAUCGGUACGGGUACGAUGACGGAUAUCGAUAUCCACCCCGUCGCUCUGAGUACGAAGACCGAAAUGAGCGUCGGCCUGAGCGUGAGCGAGAACGCCCUCGAAGACGACCAGACUACGAGCAUCGCCGGAAAUCGCACCCCGGAAUCCUCUCCAGCCAGAUCCCCCUUGAGCCACCGCCGAUUGGAAUCCCACUGCAUCGGCACACAGGCAUGGCGCCAACCUACGUGCCGUACGCCCACAUCUACAAUCAAGCGGGCCAGCAGUUUCCGCAACAGCACUUCACCCCUGACUUGUCUUUCAUGAGCCGUCGACAUCCCAGCGAUCCAAAGUAUGCAGCGCCAUUCCCCAACCCAUUCGAGCAGCACCGUUCGUCCGCACAAUCAGCAUCUCCAACCGCGGGAACCGCCCAUCGAGAUCCAAAGCCAACUCUACACCCGCCUUCACACCAAUCCUCUCGUUCAUCAACCCACCGCCGCCCAUCCUCAACAACAGCCCUCGCAGACGGCGACCCCGGAACUCCCUCCGGCACAAACAACCUCUCCGGCCCACCCGGGCGUCACAUUCACCACUCCCCCCGCCCUUCCGCGCAAGCUACGUCUUCCACUUUGGGGGUGACGGAUGGUGUUCCUGCGGGGACGAUUUUGCGGCCUGAGUCUGCUCGUUUGGGAGGGAGGUCCGAUGCUCAGAGCCGAAGUUUGCGGAAUGAGGGUGGGCGUCUGGCGAGUGGUGGGUCGUACAGAGAUUCUGGAAAGCAUCAGGCGGCGGAGUACGGGGAUAUCACGGGUUUGGGCGAAGCCUCUUCGAGAGGGCGGCAAGGGAAGCGUGAGCGGGAGAGGUACUAUGCUGAUCGCAAUGGGGCCUAGACGGGAGCCCAAAGGUCGCACAAGAUAGGUUUUCCGGCCUGCGUGCAGCCGCGGAUGUUGCG